UUUCAUUUCAAAUUUUAGUAAUAACAAAAAAAAAAAAAAACCUAACGUCGUCACCAUCAUCGCCGGCGUGUUAUCUAAGCAAAAAGACAAACUAAAAAACCCAAUCUCUUCGGAUAUCUGCAAUCUCCUCCAUAUAUACUUCUUUUGUCGGCAUUUCCGAUUGCGGUUGCUUGCUAGGUGCUACCGAGAAUAGGGAGAGCGAGGAGAUGAAGGAACAGGUGUUCGAUGAGGAGGCGGCCAGGUCGCUGGUGAAGGAACUCAGAGUCAACUUUGCAGCCGGCAAGACUCGGAGCUAUGACUGGAGAGUGGCUCAGUUGAAGAGCAUGAUCAAGAUGAUGGAAGAUCACGAACCGGAGAUCGUAGCCGCUCUCCGCGAAGAUCUCUCCAAGCCUGAAAUGGAGUCUUCCAUCUACGAGAUAGCUCUUUUAAAGAACUCAUGUGUUUUGGCACUAAAGGAAUUGAAACACUGGAUGAUGCCGGACAAGGUUAAAACAUCAAUCACAACAUUUCCUUCAUCUGCUGAAAUAGUGUCUGAACCUUUGGGCGUUGUGCUUGUAAUGUCAGCAUGGAAUUAUCCCUUUUUGUUAUCUCUUGAUCCAGUUGUUGGAGCUAUAGCAGCUGGCAAUGCAGUAGUUUUAAAACCAUCAGAAGUUGCUCCUGCCACAUCCUCCUUGCUUUUAAGACUGGUAGGCCAAUGCUUGGAUAGCUCUUGCAUAAGAGUUGUUGAAGGAGCUGUUCCUGAAACAUCGGCCCUACUGCUGCAAAAGUGGGACAAAAUAUUUUAUACAGGCAAUGGAAGAAUUGGAAGAAUUGUGAUGUCAGCUGCUGCAAAGCAUCUUACACCAGUUGUCUUGGAGCUUGGAGGAAAGUGUCCAGUGAUUGUUGACUCAGGCAUCAAUUUGCAAGUCAUGGCUAGGCGGAUAAUUAUGGGCAAGUGGGGAUGCAAUAACGGACAAGCAUGCAUAUCUCCUGAUUACAUUAUAACAACUAUGGAUUAUGCUCCAAAAUUGGUAGAUGUUUUGAAACAUGAACUGGAGCAAUUUUAUGGAAAGAGUCCUUUGGAAUCAAAAGAUAUCUCUCGCAUUGUCAAUUCUAAUCACUUUGCUCGCUUGACAAAUCUGUUAGAUGAUGAGAAGGUUUCUGGUAAGAUCAUCCAUGGAGGUGAAAGAGACAAAACAAACUUGAAGAUUGCUCCCACUAUCUUGCUUGAUGUCCCAAGAGACUCUCUGAUCAUGAAUGAAGAGAUAUUUGGCCCAUUACUUCCAAUUCUUAUAGUUGACAAAGUGGAAGACAGUUUUAAUGUCAUAAAUUCUUCAGGAUCAAAGCCACUUGCAGCAUAUUUAUUCAGUAACAAGAAGGAGCUGAAAGAGCAGUUUGUGAAAACUGUCUCUGCAGGGGGUUUGGUGGUCAAUGACACUACUCUACAUCUUGCUGUGCACACUUUACCUUUUGGAGGUGUUGGGGAGAGUGGAAUGGGUGCAUACCAUGGCAAAUUCUCCUUCGAUGCUUUUAGCCAUAAGAAAGCAGUUCUUUACCGCAGUUUCGUUGGUGAUGCACCUUUGAGAUACCCACCAUAUACAAGCAAAAAGCUAAAAUUGAUGAAAGCUCUUCUUGGUGGUAGUCUAUUUGGCAUAAUCCGUGCUUUGCUGGGAUGGUCUUAGGGCUUAAAAGAUAAUGAAUUUGGAAAGUUGUUAUUUAUGAUUGUAACUUAAGAUGUAUUUAUUUUCAUUUUCAUGAAGGUUGAUUGAAUUUAAGCAUGGAAGUGCAACAUGCAGAUAAAGUUAAUAUAUUUUU